CACUUUCUGCAACUAGCUCGUAAGCGACGCUCACGGCCAAGGCAGGGUGACACCAGUCAGGGCCGGUGAUAAUCGCAGACGGGGUUUAGUGGGGGUGGGAGGAGGGGGGAGGAGGCAGACCGACCGGUCGCAUUAUUGGGUCAACCCAUGCGUUUAAUGGCCGAAGCGCCAAUCCAACCCGGGGUGCAUAAAACGAAAUGAUGCUGGCGGUCUUUCGUGUCUAGUCGCAGAGGGGGGAUGCCGUAUACCCCGAUUUAAACACAGCAUUGCCCAAAGGGGCAAUUCAGGGAGCGGGACCAGGGUCCGGCACAGGCCGACGACCCGAGGUGGCUGAUUUUUUGGUGACCAGAAGCCUGUGGGCGAUCACGGAAUGUCCGUGGCCGGGAGAAUGGACACAGAGGACGGAGUAGAGCCAGUAGACAUCAUGGGCAUACCUUAUGAUUUCACGAUCUGGGAUGGCACAAUCCCUUCGUCGAAGAGAAAUUUCGCUCGGUCGCAGGCAGAGAUUCUGAAACGGCCGGGGUGGAGUCUUGUCGUUCUCCAGAACGUUAGCGUUAGCGUUGGGACGUGGGAAUUGGAAUUGGAAUUGGGAAUUGGGAAUGCUGCACAGCCGCAGUUCGGCGUCCACGAGGCUGAAGGGCCGAUACCGUACCGUAUCGUGACUUCGGGGCCAAGUCUUUUCACAGCGUUGAGGAUGGUGCGAGGUACCUGUCUUGCAAGUACUUUCUGCGUAUACUCUGGUAUACUCUUGCCUAGUCUAUACCUACUGUACCUAGGUAUACUACCUACUAAGGCACUUGAUCGUGAACUUCCACAUGGCUGCCAAAUACCCUGUAAAGCAGAACGAAACCAAAACCAAUCGACCUUGAGGAUCAACCGAGCGACUUGCCCACUCAGGCCGACAGCCAAGUGUGGAACGCUCGAACCCCCGGCAGCAGGAAUGGUUCUUCUUCUCUGGCGACUGUCAACGGGGCGAGUGGAAUGGCAGGCAGCCACUGGCCCUUCCCGAGAGCCACAUGCUCCGCCCCGGCUAUCGUCUGCUUGAUUACUCCGUAAUAACGAUUUUGACUCUGUGAUUUCCUGCUGG